UCGAACAUCUUCACGUGUGUUUGUGUUUACGUUAUUCAAUGGAUUCAAUGCUCGCAAAGAAUCUUUUUUUCUUGUGUUUUACGUGAAAAUCCACGGAAAAUUCAUUGCAGUCAUGGCCUACAGAACGGAAUCACCUGAUAAAGAAAAAAAGUACUCCCUAAAUAAUCCGAUUAAACCACUGCAGGAUAAGUGGCUGCUGGUGCCUUCCUUCCUGGAGAUCAAGGGUUUGGUGAAGCAGCACAUCGACAGCUUCAACUACUUUAUCAAUGUGGACAUUAAGAAAAUUGUUCAGGCGAAUGAUAAGGUCAUCAGCGAUGCUGACCCUAUGUUUUACCUGAAAUAUCUCAAUAUCUACGUUGGUAAACCAGACGUUGACGAUGGGUUCAACAUCACGAAGGAGACGACACCUCAUGAGUGCCGUUUACGGGAUAUGACCUACUCAGCUCCCAUUACUGUGGACAUUGAGUACACAAGAGGCAGUCAGAGGGUCGUUCGAAAUAAACUCCUCAUUGGAAGGAUGCCAAUAAUGCUGCGAUCUUCAAAUUGCGUCCUAAGUGGAAAGAGUGAAUUUGAAUUAUCCAAAAUGAAUGAAUGCCCACAUGAUCCGGGUGGCUAUUUUGUAGUUCGUGGCCAGGAGAAGGUCAUUCUGAUUCAGGAGCAACUUUCUUGGAACAAAAUGAUCACCGAAGACUACAAUGGCGUGCUUCAGUGUCAAGUAACCAGCUCGACUCACGAGAAAAAGUCUCGAACGAUUGUCUUGGCAAAACAGGGAAAAUACUACUUGAAGCACAAUUCAAUGACUGAGGAUAUUCCAAUUGUGAUAAUCUUUCGGGCUUUGGGAUUAAUUUCUGAUCAAGAAAUUGUGCAGUUGAUUGGAAGUCAGCAGAGUACACAGAAGAGAUUUGCAGCAUCUCUCUAUGAAGUCGUGAAGCUCAAUGUUAUAACGCAGAAACAGGCUUUGGAGUACAUGGGAGGGAAGCUGGUGGUUAAAAGAUUUCAGACAACCAAAGUUAAAACACCCGCAGAGGAAGCUCGUGAACUCCUGGCGACAACAAUCUUGGCACAUGUGCCUGUGGAGAAUUUCAAUUUCUACAUGAAGGCUCUCUACGUGUCCGUAAUGGUACGUCGUGUUAUGGAAGCUGAGCUCAACAAGGCCUCAAUGGAUGAUCGUGAUUACUACGGCAAUAAGCGUCUGGAGUUGGCGGGAUCUCUUCUGUCGUUGAUGUUUGAGGACCUCUUUAAGCGUUUCAACUGGGAACUGAAGAUGAUUGCAGACAAGAACAUCCCAAAGAUAAAAGCAGCUCAAUUUGAUGUUGUGAAGCACAUGAGGGCGGCUCAGAUAACAGCUGGAUUGGAAUCCGCAAUUUCUUCGGGAAAUUGGACAAUCAAGAGAUUCAAAAUGGAGAGAGCUGGAGUUACGCAGGUACUCUCACGACUCAGCUACAUUUCUGCUUUGGGAAUGAUGACGCGUGUUAAUUCGCAAUUUGAGAAGACACGCAAGGUGUCAGGACCACGAUCACUGCAGCCAAGUCAGUGGGGGAAAUUGUGCCCUUGUGACACUCCCGAAGGAGAAGCAUGUGGCUUGGUGAAAAAUCUCGCUCUGAUGACCCACAUUACGACUGAAGUGGACGAAGAACCGAUUAUAAGAUUUGCCUUUAACACAGGCGUGGAGGAUAUUCGUCUUCUCUCCGGCAAUGCCAUUAAUCAUCCGAAAACUUUUAUGGUCUUCAUUAACGGGAACAUUUUGGGUGCCACAAAUCGACCAGAACGAAUUGUAAGGAUUUUCCGGAUGGUACGGCGUCGUGGUUUGAUUGGAGCCUUCGUGUCCGUCCACACAUCAUACACACAGCGUUGCGUCUAUAUUCACACGGAUGGCGGACGUCUCUGUCGUCCCUAUAUAAUUGUUGAGAAUGGAAAACCCCUAAUGACGCAGGAGCACAUCAAUGACAUCCGGAAACGUGUGAGGAAGUUCGCUGAUCUCAUUCAUGAGGGCUUAGUUGAGUAUCUGGAUGUCAAUGAGGAGAAUGAUUCGUACAUUGCGUGCAAUGAGUCUGAGAUCACGGAGAAGACAACUCAUUUGGAAAUUGAACCAUUUACACUUCUUGGGGUUUGUGCUGGACUCAUCCCAUAUCCCCAUCACAAUCAGAGUCCCCGGAAUACCUAUCAAUGUGCUAUGGGGAAACAAGCAAUGGGCACAAUUGGCUACAAUCAGAAGAAUCGUAUUGAUACACUCAUGUACAACGUUGUGUAUCCGCAGAUUCCGCUCGUGAAGACAAAAACAAUUGAAUUGACGAAUUUUGAUAAACUCCCAGCAGGACAGAAUGCCACAGUUGCCGUUAUGAGCUAUUCCGGAUACGACAUUGAGGAUGCUCUCAUUCUAAAUAAGGCUUCAAUUGAUCGUGGCUACGGAAGGUGUUUGGUGUAUAAGAAUGCUAAAUGUACGGUGAAGAGGUACACGAAUCAGACGUAUGACCGUAUAAUGGGGCCUGUGAAGGACUCAAUCACCAAUAAGACAAUCUAUCGGCACGAAACUCUCGAUUCCGAUGGGAUUGUCUCUCCUGGCGAAGUGAUUCACAACAAGCAGGUGAUGAUUAAUAAGGAAAUGCCCGCUGUUGCAUCUAUAAAUCCGCUGGAGCAGAAAGAUAGUGGGCAACAGCCGGUCACCUAUUCACCAGCUCCGAUAACGUACAAGGGCCCGGAGCCGAGUUGUAUUGAAAAGGUGAUGGUAUCGGCAAAUGCAGAAGAGGAUUUUCUCAUUAAAGUCCUCUUGAGGCAGACAAGACGACCCGAAAUUGGGGAUAAAUUCAGCUCACGUCACGGACAGAAAGGCGUCACAGGAUUGAUUGUUCAGCAGGAGGAUAUGCCUUUCAAUGAUUACGGCAUAACACCGGAUAUGAUUAUGAAUCCCCACGGGUUUCCCUCUCGUAUGACGGUCGGGAAGUUGCUUGAGUUGCUGGGGAGCAAAGCAGCCGUUCUUGAGGGGAAGUUUCACUAUGGGACAGCCUUUGGUGGAUCCAAAUGUCAAGAUCUGCAAGAUGAAUUGUUUAAGAAUGGAUUCAACUACCUUGGCAAGGAUAUCUUCUAUUCUGGCACCACGGGGGAGAUGAUGACUGGAUACAUCUAUUCAGGACCGGUGUACUACCAGAAGUUGAAGCAUAUGGUACAGGAUAAGAUGCACGCACGUGCAAGGGGACCCCGUGCCGUCCUUACGCGUCAACCAACACAGGGAAGAAGCCGCGAAGGGGGUCUUCGAUUGGGAGAAAUGGAAAGAGAUUGUCUCAUUUCCUACGGAGCUAGUAUGCUUAUCAUGGAGAGGCUAAUGAUAUCAUCAGAUGCCUUUGAUGUGGAUGUUUGCAACCUCUGCGGUCGUCUUGCCUACUCCUCAUGGUGUCACAGCUGCAAAUCUUCGGCUAGUGUCUCCAAGAUCUCCAUGCCGUAUGCUUGCAAACUUCUCUUCCAAGAACUAACGAGUAUGAAUGUAGUUCCGCGUCUGGAACUAUCUAACUACUAAUAAAAAGUUCUUUUUCAACAAAA